GUCAACGCAAAACUUGAAAGAACGUUAUAAUUUAGGAAUUUUUAUUGGUUGUCAGAAUAAUAUACUUAACGUUUAAAAUCUGUAAAUAAACUUUAUCAGCUACUUCAUUAACACUUUUAAAAAUUAAAUGUUUGCAAAACAAAUAGUGAGAUUGCGCAUUGGAAAUAUAAAAUUUGAUUAUUCGAUUAGCGCAACAGGAAUCGGCGAGAUCGUUGGUUGCCGUACGAAAUUGGUUAAUCGACGAUUUAUGGAUAAAAUGCCGGGCGACUCGAGCAAUUACAACAUAGACAAAUUCUAUGAAGUCGUUUUGGACGCCACGAAAACUGCAGGCAAGUUGAUAAACGACCGCAUAAAACAAGAAAAGACGAUCGAAACGAAAUCGAGCAACAUCGAUUUCGUAACGGAAACUGACCAAGAAGUCGAAAAACUCCUGAUCGACACACUGACUAAACACUUUCCAGAUCAUCAGUUUAUAGGAGAGGAAACCAUUUCCAGCGGGGCUCAGUGCAACUUGACCGACGCACCGACUUGGAUAAUAGACCCCGUUGACGGCACAUUGAAUUUCGUGCACUCAUUUCCCCAUUCGUGCAUAUCAAUCGCACUAUUUAUCGAAAAGAAGCCCCAGAUCGGUAUCAUAUACAACCCGAUGUUCGAUCAAUUGUUCACCGCUAGGCGGGGUAAGGGCGCAUUUUACAACGGCGUUAAAAUACACGUCUCGAACGUCAAUAAACUGUCGGACGCGUUGUUAAUGAUGGAAUUUGGCACCAGCAGGGAUCCGGAGAGGCGGAAGGUGAUUUUGGAGAAUCAGGAAAAGCUGAUGCCGCAAGUUCACGGAUUGAGGGCGCUCGGCUCGGCGGCGCUAGACAUGGCGAUGGUCGCUUUGGGCGGGGCAGACGCCUAUUUCGAAUUCGGUAUUCACAUAUGGGAUAUAGCUGCGGGUGAGCUUAUAGUGACGGAAGCAGGGGGCGUGGUAAUCGACCCCGCCGGCGGCGAAGUAGACAGACUGUCUUGCAGGGUAUUGGCAGCCAGCACUAGGGAGCUAGCCGAGGAACUUGUCGGCCAGCUCACGCAGUUCUAUCCGAAGAGAGAUUGAAUGGUAAUUUUUGAGGUUAGAUGACCUAUUAUCUCUCCAAUUUCCAGUAUCAUUUCAAUUUCGGUUGGUUAUAUAUUGGAAUAAAAUAUAACCUAAGAUUUGAAUAAGCGAUAUUUUACGAUAGCACUGUACCUUGAACGUCGAGCAAAUAAAAUAAAACCACUUGCAAACAUUAUAUUGCUUAUCAUUUG